ACGUCAAGCUGUAAAUCAAACCUGGAAAUUCUACCAUUGCGCGGCGCAACCCUUCCGAUACACCAUGACAAACCUCGACGUACUCCUCUUAAGAGGUCCUUUAGCUAGCGGCAACGUUGAAGAUGGUAUGAACGACCUGCGCCAUACAAUCCUUUCCGAAGGCAUCCCUGCGAACAGCGAGGGUAUGUCAGAACUGCGCAUGUACAUCUGGCUUAUCCUACUGAACGUUCCGCCCCUCAAAACCGAUAUUUACCUCGAUCUCGUCCAACAAGGCGCCUCACCAGCGCACACCAAAAUCCAAAACGACACCUUCCGUACCUUCCAAGGCGACCCUCUUUUCCGUCGUCGUGUCACACAGAACAGUAUAACUCGCGUCCUCAAUGCGGUGGCGUGGCGACUAAACGACGCGCAUGAGGCGCGCGUAAACGGCUGGAUGUCCCCUCCGACAUUAUCAGAGUUCGGCGGCAGCCCUGACACAUCGCUGCUGUCCCGACAUUCUUUCACAACGGGAGCGCGCACAGAUGCGUCGACCACCAAUGACGCGGAGCAGAUCGGCUACGUACAGGGCAUGAACGUGCUAUGCGGCCCGUUUCUAUACGCCGCUCGGAGUGAGAUCGAAGCUUUCGCUGGAUUCGAAAGAUUGAUCACGGUUGAGUGCCCUGGAUAUGUCAGAGGGUCGAUGGAUGGCGUGCAUAAGGGUCUCGCGUUGGUCGACAGGGUGUUGGAGGUGGUCGACCCGAAGCUGUACUCCCACCUCAUGAACAACCACAUGGAAGCCAGGAUAUACGCCUUUGCUUCCGUACUUACCAUGUGCGCAUGCACACCACCUCUACCUGAAGUCCUCCAACUCUGGGACUUCCUCUUCGCUUAUGGUCCUCACCUCAAUAUUCUCUGCAUCGUUGCCCAACUGAUUUUGAUCCGAGAUCAAAUCCUAGACAGCCCAAGUCCAAAUCAGAUCCUCCGCAAUCUCCCGAGUCUGCACGCAAAGCAGAUCAUCCAAGUAGCGAUGACUUUUGUUGCCAAGAUACCCGAAGCCAUGUACGAAGAAAUCAUCAACCACGCGAAAUGAGGCCUGGAGCCUUCAAUUAAUGAUUAAUGAUCUGGAUGAUUUCUUGCAAAAAGUCUUUUUUUCGUCGUUGGCGUUGGAGUAACUAUAUUACUGUAUGAAUAUACCUUUUCGAUUUUGAUCUUGACGCGGCAACAUGCUCCAGUGUGACCUUCAGAUAUG